AUCGUUCCUUCUGCUGUGAAAGCCACGUUGGAGAUGAAUCCGCGGUCUACUUCGCACGGAGAAUCGGAGGAGGAGUUUUCGAAGGAGGGUUCGUCGGCAGAAGGGCAGGCGGCACCUGCUCCGAGCUCCGACGUCGUGGUUUUCGAGGUUAUGUGUGUGCUGUCUUUGACGAAAAUUCACGAGAAUAGACCAUGCUGCAACCAGAACCCACGGUGGGAGGAGCAGCCCGCGCGUGUGUGGCGCCCACGCCGGCGGCAGAGGAGGAGCUGGCAGGCCAGGCACAUGUCGAUGCUAAGGGCGGAGCUCCUGAAACACCCCAGGGCGGCGGAGGCGUGGAGGCGUCACCAUGGAUCUGUGUUCAUGCCGCCUCUGCGCUUGAGUAUCUUGUCCUGGGUGUACAGAGACAAGAGCUUCAGCAGUGGCAACGACCUCCUUGCUGGAGGGAAAUGA